AGGUGUUACGCUGUGAUUGUUAAAUUGUUGUUCAUGGUUAGCGUUAUCAUCGUUUGAUAUCUUGACGAACGCUCAACCGGUUAGUUUGAAUCAUGGCUACACGAUCUGAACGGGAAAAGGAGCGGAUGAGAGCCCAGCAAGAAAAAUGCGUUGUUGUUUUGGACGAGCUUCUGCGUGAUGAAGACAACAAGUAUUGCGUGGAUUGUGACGCUAAAGGACCUAGAUGGGCGUCCUGGAAUUUAGGAAUAUUCCUGUGCAUCAGAUGUGCUGGCAUCCACCGGAACCUAGGCGUGCAUGUAUCUCGUGUGAAAAGCGUGAAUCUAGAUACUUGGUUACCGGACCAAGUAGCUCCGUUGCAGCAAAUGGGAAAUAGCAAAGCAAGAGCUAUUUAUGAAGCCAAGUUACCAGACAAUUAUCGCCGCCCACAAACUGACUCUGCCUUGGAAGCUUUCAUUCGAGCGAAGUAUGAGCAUAAGAAAUACGUUGCAAACGAAUGGGUUGAACCCAAAUCACCGGUGAAAGCGAAUUGGGGUGCGGAGCCCAUCUCUCCACCCCCAGUCUUGCCAAUACCGAACUGCAAGGAGGCCCCAGUUUCAAAAAUUGUGACUGAAAAGAAGAAGAAAGAGAGCCCUAAAUCAGCUAUGGUAGUACCUGCAUCAGUGAACGUGAUACCAAAGUCGCAAUCCGUUUUGGACGAUCUGCUCUCUUUAGAUAUUCCACAGACAAAACCGGCUGUGACGCAACAAGUGGAUGCUCUGGAUUUAUUCAGUAUUGAUCUUAAGCCACAGGAGUCAAUAUCCACAAUAAAGGAAGAGCCAAAAACAGAAGCCCGGAUGUCAAAAGAGUCUAUACUUGCUUUGUACAAAAAUUCAACAAAUCAGGCUCCGAGUGGACUCGCAAGCUUCCCUAAUCCAGGAAUAGCUUCUUCCACGCCAGGAACCCCGGGAUUUCCUGUAUCGAACGGAUUUUUGGCGCCAUCGCAACAACAACAACCACCAGCGUAUAGCCAAGUGUUAAUAGACCAAAUGAAGAAAUUGGGAAUGCAACCACCGGCUCAGCCUCCAUCAGUUGUGAACCAAGCCCCGGUGUACUCUCAACAGCCUUUUCCAUUUGUGUGGAACACAAACUCAGGACCGUCAUCUUUGCCGAGUCAACCCAUCAAGGACGACUUCGGAUUGUUAUUCGGCGCUCAAGCCGCCGCCACAGCCACCGCACCUGCUCCAUGUGGGCAAUCAAUGUCGAAGUCCUUGUGGCAAUAGGGGACAUAUUUUGUUUCUUUUCGGCGAUUCGGUCAAUUUUAUUUUCUCCAUCGAGGACUUGGGCUUUGUCUUCUGAUGGAAAAUAUUUGCGCGAAUUUAGCAACCCAAGUAUGUUCGAAGGAAGUGGCUGAUCGGAGUGGAAGCAAUCGAUUACCGUCAUCGAUUUUUUUUUUGCAAGGCUCAAUGUUCAAAUUCUUCCCCACGUAACUGCCCGAAAGAAAGUAAAUAAGUAUCGCGAAUAAUUCACGAUUAUAUUUUUUAGAAUUCAACAACUGUAAAUUAUUUGUCACCAUUCGUUCUGGCAUCGGGAUUUUUUGUUUUUGUUCAAUACGGGAAAGGAUUUUUUAAGCUUGAGCAGAUUUUCGAGGAAUUUAGUGAUUGUGGGGUAAAUAAAAUCAUAUGCUUUUA